UCGUUAUGAGUCAGAACCGAUUUGACAGCACCUAACAACAACAACAGUGGUUAAAACAAAAGAAGCCCUACUGGUGCAAUGGUUAAGAGCUCGGUUAACCAAAAGGUCAGUGAUCCGAACCCACCAAAUUGACAUUUAUCACUCCAUUGGAAAGGCAUUACACAAAAACAAAAUCACGGUAAGUUUUAUUUUCCUUUAAAAAGUAAAAUAAUGAGAACUCUACGAAGACCUUGAGGUCUUGCAAGGCAGGUAGGAAUUAGAUACUUAAAAAAACAAAAACAAAACACCACACACACACAAUACAUUGCUUGUUCAUGUAACUUUACCCGAGGCAGGUUGGAGAGCUGGAAAACAGCAAUGUUUCAGAGUACUUUAUGAUGUCUUACCCUCUUUGAUCCUGACAAAUACUCUGUAAAAUAGGUCACCAGGUAUUAUCUCAACUGAAGGAUUAAAGCUCAAUUUACUCAACACAAAACUAAGAUUUACUUCCCUGUAAUAGUGAAUAAGCCAGGAGGCUGUGGUGUCAAAUCUAGGUUGAAUUCCCAGUUAUAUUGUCGUGAGCAUCUUACUUAAUCUGUUUUCUCAUUUGUAAAAUGAGAAUAAUGAGCACUUUAUGCAUGUCUUCCCCUCCCUCCUCCAAAUAUCCUGUGUACUGUCCACUAAGUCCCUAGAAGGCUAACUUGGUUAGACCUAACAUAAGCCUUGCAUUGGUCUUUCCUUGAAAUGUAAGUCUCCAACUCAAAGUCUCCUCUCCCACUGCACAGCAGGAAGCACCACGUGGUCCCUUUGACAGUUACUAAUGUUCCAGCUGACAGUCACCCCAGCAACUGCCUUUGCAGACGAGCCGGUGCACAUCCGAAUGACAGGCCUGCCCCCAUCCCAGAUGGUGACUUUCAAGGUAUCUCUGAAGGAUGUGAAGGGGAACUUGUUCCGGUCAAAAGCCUUUUACAGGGCAAACGAGACUGGCGAAGUAGACCAGGAACAGGACCGUGCAUUUGGAGGUGACUACGUGGGGGUCCAUCCAAUGGGUCUCUUCUGGUCUCUGAAGCCUGAGAGGGCUUUCCGAAGGCUGCUCAAGCAGGAUAUGAUGAACAUCCCCUUUUGGGUCACUCUGGAUCUGUAUGACUCCGUUUGCUUCCAAGACUUAGCCACAGCUCAGCCGAGGGCCAGCCAGGCUCUGCAGCGCUCGUUCUCUGGCCCUGGGAUGCAACGGGUGCAGAUCUGGGAAGGUCGAGUGCGAGGAGCCCUUUUUCUCCCACCAGGGGAAGGCCCAUUUCCAGGAGUCACUGAUUUGUUUGGAGGCAUUGGGGGUCUGGUUGAAUUCCGGGCCAGUCUUUUGGCUGCCCAUGGCUUUGCAGUGUUGGCAUUAGCAUAUUUUGCCCAUGAAGACCUGCCAAAACAACUGCUGGAGGUGGAUCUGGAAUUUUUUAGCAUGGCCUCUAAUGGGUUCUCCUUUGUUUUGUGCUUGCAGAUCCAAAAGUCAGGAAUCGGAGUGAUCUCCGUGUGUAAAGGUGCAGAGAUCGGGCUGGCCAUGGCCUGCUACCUGAAGCAGGUGGAAGCCACCAUAUGCAUAAAUGGGUUCAACACCAUCUUUCAAGUUCCACUCAGGUACAAGGAUCUGGUUGUGAAACCCAUCCAGUCGGUCAAAGAGGGCAUCCAGAUCCACAUCUCUGGGGCCGUGUGCAUCUGGUACUCUAUGGGGGACCCCCGGGAUGUGCUGAAUCAGCAGAGCACACUUCCUGUUGAAAAGGCUCAGGGUAGGAUCCUCGUUAUAGUUGGAGAGAAUGACGAAUGUCUCAAUAGCAGAAUAUAUGCUGAGCAGACUCUAGACCAACUAUAGAGCCACGGGAGAAGCAGCGGAAGGAUACUGGUAUACCUCAGAGCAGGCCACCUCACAGAGCCACCUUAUGCUCCCCUGUGCUACGCUUCCUGGAGCCAUGGCUUUUCCUGGCCCUAGCUGUGGGGAGGGGACCCUGCUGCCCACGCGGCAGCUCAGGUGCAUGCCUGGGGAGAGAUCCAGAAAUUCUUCAGGCAAUACCUCGUUCCCACCAGAAGCAAAUAAGGAUGAAGAUGGGGUAGGGAGAAGAGGCUGGAGUGGAAAAAAGAAAGGAUAAGGCACGGAUAGUGUGGCAAGAGGGGGUUUUCUUGGCUUCUCAGGUUUCAUAGUCAUUUUGAAUCUUGUUGUUAGUUGCCAUGGAGUGGAUUCUGACUCAUCGCAACUUCGUGUGUGCAGAGUAGAACUACUCCAUAGGGUUUUCAAGGCUGUGAUCUUUCAGAAGCAGAUGGCAGGCUGUCUUCCAGGCACCUCUUGGUGGAUUUGAACUGCCAACCUUUCAGCUAGUAGUUGACGCAUAACCAUCUGUUCCACCCAGGGAACUCUAGUUUGAAUCUACUAGAAGGAAAUGGGACAAAACAAAGGACCAGGGCACAAAUAUAUGAGUUCUUUGAGCUCUAAUGGAUCUACUUCCUUAAAACCUAUUCUCAUUUUAUGGAUAGAGCAUUCUUUCUUUUUCCUCCUUUCACAUGAUGCUUUCAUCAACACUUCCAGGUUCUGUGCA